AAUUCGCACCUCAUUUCCGCUUUCGCUCGGUGGCGCACAGCUCGUCUCCGGUCUUUUACGACGCCCCUCUCGCCGUUCCGCCGCUGAAUAUGGUGACCAAGACUUCGACGUCGUCCAGCGCCCCCUCCGCAGACGCUCCCGCUAGCGUGUCGUCCGCCAGCGCUACCUCCACAGCCACAGCUUCCUCCUCGGUCGUUGCUACCACCCCGGCGCCGACGUCUAGCGACUGCUUGAAGUCUCCUCCCUCUGGUGCGGCAUCUCCGUCCAGCGUGGAUGCAUCUCCGGACGCCUCGGCGUCUGCCUCGCGCUAUUCGUGUGUGCCGCCUGCCGUACUACAGAGCGUGAAGGCUUCUCUGACCUACCGGAAGAGCUGUCUGAAGCGCUCAAAGUCGUCGGUGCUGCCGCCCUCGCCUCUCUGCGCGGACGAGAAGCCUGUUGUCAAAGUCGUGGAGGAUAAACCAGAAAAGAAGGAAGACACAAAGCCCGUACAGAAGAACCGCCGGCGCUGCUGGGAGUGUAAGGUGAAGGUGGGCUUGACUGCAGUCAAGUGCCGCUGCGACUACACGUUCUGUGGCAAGCACCGGUACGCUGAGGAACACAACUGCGCCUUUAACUUCAAGACGGCGGGCAAGCGCAAGCUUGAAGAGGAGAACCCUGUUGUGGUGCCUGCCAAGGUCGCUCGGAUCAACUAAGCGACUGGUAGAGCCAAGGUUUUCCACCUUCAUCUGAAUCGGCCGCCCAGGACAUUUUGAGUUUGUGGGUCUUCGGCGCCGAUGCUGAUUCAGCGUUUGACUUUCCCCGACAUCUUCCCAACCGAUAGAACAAAGUUAAGGGUCGCGCCGCCUUUCCGCGCUUCAAGGACCGUUGAGUUGACCUGACGGCGUGGUUUAGAGAGCUGCGAAAGGCGAAUGGAUCCCCAGUAGUCUAAUAGUAGGCAGACCUGGCUGCCGCGCUCCAUCCUUGUGUCCCGCCGCGUUCUCAGCGUAGUGCACGCUCCAGUUCAGCGCGGACCGAGCUUAAUAACGGAGUUUAAGUAUAGUAGUAUUUCUGCAACCAUCUGUCCUCUGUGGAAGGUCUUAUUUUUUUUCAGGGCGUCUUAUCGAGAACAACUUGUCGGCGUGCGACGUGAGAAAGCGAGAGGGGCUGUAACGAGCGAGAGAAAUCUGUGCCGAGGGUGCUAAAACAGGCGACGUCGAAGGUAUGUUCGAGAAGGUGGCAAGUGCGCAUCCUCGCGAUGAUGCGAGGAUUCAGGUUAACGAAACUUGUUUCUUCUUUUUCUCUACAAAACUCUUGCUUUGUAUACCGGUAUCCGGAUUGGUAGUGUGAAUCACAUCGGCAAGUUCCAGGAGGAUGUUGCACGUGCCAGCAAUUUCUUGAACAGAUUGCUGUCACCCGAGGCCAGUGCCACGGCGGAUGGCAUGGCCGUCUCGCCCUGGCGCCGCUCCGCCUCUGCGGGAGCUUCCAACAUGAUGCGCUGCGAGGAGUCCCAUUCCAGCAACCGCACGACCACAUCGGGCAUGUCCUUAGGCAGGCCACGCAACUCGUCGACGUCGCCACGGAAAACCUCGGCGUACAACUUGGCUGCGGAAAUAUUUUCCUCGUCCUGCCUGCAACUGGCGCGGCAUAGCCCCUCGGCGUACAAUUUACCGGUCGUAGGGCAUUGAAACUUGUGCAAAAAAUACAUCCACUCCGCGUCGGCGAAUACGAGUUGCGACCGAAUCUCGUACGGGCGGAAUGGUGGAAUUGGGUGGCGGAACCGAACGGCCUGCGAGGCUACCAGUAACGCUCUGCGUUGGCGAGCUAUGUUGCCUAAAAUACCCGUCACCCUGCCAAAAACCAGAAACAUGGAAAUAAGAAAAUGAAUCAUAGUUUGGCGUUGAAAAACAAUAACAAUGAAAAUAGCCAUGAAUUUAGAUCAACGCACGCGCAAAAGUGCCAUCGCGCCAACUCCAUGUUGGAGAGGUAGGACGCAUUGUUCAAAUGCAGGUUAAUGUCGCAGUCCAGGAAACCAGGCCGCGCAC